CGAAACUGUCAAAACGCGAAUUGUUAUGAAAAUAAUCGCUAACUUAUUUUUCGCAUUUUCGUCUGUUCAUAACGUUUAACUCCAUAAUUUUGUUUUAUUGCAUUUUUAAUUUUACAUUUACCUCAUAUCGAUAUUAAAUUGCAUUCCGAUGUUCACGUAGUGAUCGCUAUACGCGAGUGAUGUUUCGGUAUCUACCUUUUUGUUUUGUCCAGAAAUAUAAAAUUUCUGGUUGAUUUGCGAUGGAGGAAGUGAGGCAGCUGGUGCAGGAGGAAGGCAGGGAGGCGCGGAACCUAGUUGCAUUCCAUGUGGCCGUCGACACACCAAGUCGCAUCUCCCGUAAGCCGCCGCGUUCCGGCGCCCCUCCGCCACGGCGCGCUACUCCCCGCGCCGCCACACGCCUCCGCUCGGCAUCGGCUGGCAGGGACAAGCGAUCUGAACUGCGAGCCAGAUACUGGGCCCUGCUGUUUGGAGACUUGCAACGAGCUAUUGGCGAGAUUUACAACACCGUCGAGGCUCAUGAGAACCUAAACGAGUGCCAAGAAGUGAUCCUAGUUCUAGAGAACUACACUCGCGACUUCAAGGCACUCGGCGAGUGGUUCCGGUUGAAGUGGGAGUAUGACAACACGCCUCCGCCUCAAAGACCACAAAGUCUCGCAUGGGAGAUUAGAAAGACAGACUUUGUACGACCAGAGUCACGAAAAGGCUAUUCCGUCAAAAGUUCCCCAUCAGUAUCAGGCAAAAAUAGUCCUUGCCUUUCUGGACAUAACACACCAAGUGGCAAAAACAGCCCCAACUUAACUGGAAAAGCUAGCCCCGGUAGUGGUAAAGUUAGCCCACGAGUUACAGGACAUUCCAACAACAGUCCAAAAGCGAAUAUUGAAUUUUUCAGCAACAAAAUUGCUUCGAAAAUCACUGCUAAGCCUGAGCCAAAAUCUGCUAAAGAGAUAUCAAGACUUUCCGAUAUAAAGGAGAAAGAGGUAAAGGACACAGUUGACGAUAAUGAUGUCAUUGAUGUGAUAACCUCUGCAGUUGACAAGGAAGAGAAAUCAACAAAAGAAAUAGUUGAAAAAAAUAACAAGCUGAUCAAAGAACCCGUCGUAGAAAUAGGUAAGGCAAGAGAAUGUCCAAAUACUGCCCCAAAGAUGGUGGUUAUUAAAUCACCUAAACGAGUAGCUCAGGAGGAUGCCAAAGCAGUUAAUGGAGAUAUUUCAAGCCAAGCUAAAGCUACUAUUGCCAAACUAGACGCUAUGGAGAAUGAGUUCUUAGCUAAACAGCUUAGUGAAAAUGCAGCUAAGAAUGAUAAUCAAUUGAAUCUCGAUAAAGAAUCUGAUGAUGCAGCUUUUGCAAAACCCGCGCCCGUAAUUACUACAAACUUGACAGAACACAACAAAAUGAAUGGCGAGAAAAAUAAGGCUAUCGAUGAAAAUAGUACUGGUGAUGAAAAAACAAGCAUUUCUUCUGUAUCACCAGUCAAGUCUGAGGAUAAUUUUGGUGAUGUAUCCAAUGAGAGUUACAAAUCAAGCGACGAAAAAACUUCAUCAAGCGGUGACAAACAUGACGUUACUAAAACAGAUGUCAAAGAAUUAAUUUCAGAAAUAAAUGACACCCAACAUCAAAACAUGACUAUUAAAGACCAAGAAAUUAAAAAUGAAGACAUAAAAGAAACUGAUAGCACGAAAGUUGCCGAAAAUGUUGGUAAAGAAAUGCAAGACACUAAAGAUUGUGAAGUUAAAGAUAAGAAAGAUCUCGACUCAAAAAAGAUUGAUCUCAGAACUACAUCAGAAAAGCCGAGCACAAGACCGGCCUACUCCCAGGCAGCUGCCAAACCAAAACCAGUGACUACUCCCAAAGCUGAAGUCAAAACUCCAACCAGAUUGAUAGCUAGAAGCAAGACUGUCGUUGAAAUGCGACCGAAUCCCGCUUCUAAAGCUCAAAGACCAUUCCCAAAACGCAACCAGACUAGCAAGUGCAGUUACCCUUUCAACCUUACAACGGGAAGGACAUCUCUAUUUGACGCUCCGUCCAAUAAAGUAGUAUCCAAAAAACCACCUAUUCGCUCACAAAUGGGCUCUGGCGAUAGUAAGAACACAGCCAAAACUGACGUAAAGAAACGACCACCACGACCGUCUACACUCAAAAUAAACGAGAAAGGUGAUAAAACGGAGAAAGUGAAUCCAUCGUUUGAUAAGAAAGAAGGCGAAGAAUACAGCAGUAGUGAUACUAUUGUUACUCAAAUAGAUAUGUCCCGCAUUGAAUCUAGUGAGAGUUUAAAGACAUUAGUGCCAGAGGAAGGUGACUUCGCCAAUUCAAUCGAAGUACUUAACGUCGAUAAUGCUAAGAGCGACAAUGAUGGCUGGCUCACAGUCAAGUCUAGGCGACUUAGUCGCGAAUCGAAGAAGCAAUCUAAAUCACACUGGGCUAACAGAUUCCACCAGCCAUCAGCAACCACCAGCUUGCCGACUCUUAAUAUGAUUGAAUCUCCUAAACAGGAGGUGAAAGAAAUAGUAUCGGUCUCGAAAUUGGAUCGGGCGAAGUCUGAACAACCACAGAACAAGCCAGAGAAGCCUAAAAUUGUGAAAGCGAAACCUGAAGCAAAAGAGGUUAAGAAAGACUUGUCCAUAAUAAGACAAAAAUCUGACGUCACUGGUCUGAAAACUCGCACUUCUAGGACCAAAGCUUUGAAACGUGAGAAAGUGAAGGACACUCCCAAAGAUGAUGGUUCGGAGUUGACUAAAAAUCGCUUACAUUCCUCCCUGGAAAGUCUUACGACUGGAUUAGCAAGGUCCCAAGAAAAAACCGAAGAGACAUUCGACUUUGACAAAUGGAAAUCUGAGUUCAUGUCGACGUUCAAAUUUUUGGAAGACGACGAUCAAAUGAAUGAUCAUAAUGAGAUUCUGAAGACGGCAGAUCCGUCAGAGAUGUCGGAAAUUGCUGAAAUGACGUCACAGAUUGAGGAGAAUGAAAGGAAGAUCAGCUUGGCUCUGGACUUCCAGUCGGAGGUCGAUCAGAGGAAGUUGUGUGAGGAGGAGGAUUUGUUGAACAGGCAGAUUAUGGAACUUCAGCAAGUUUCCGACAUAGAUCUGGAUACGGAGACUGACGAUACUGAGACUGACGCAGAAAUUCUAUGUGAGGAUCCUUCAGCGGGUGCUUCUGGCCAAUCUACCGAGAAUUUGUCCCUAGCUGCCAGUUUAGAAGACCAGUAUGAGACGGCCCUCGCUGGCAUGUCCUGGGCUGAACGGAUUGAUACACUCGGCGCAUUGGAGGCUUUGGUCGCCAGGGAUCCAGGGCGCGCUCAACAAUUACACGCGAAAUUGUCCCAAGGCAUCAAGCGUCGUGGCAGCUUGCAGGACGCACUGCGUCGACUCCAGUUAAAGCAAGCUCGGGCAGAGAGACAGCGGAUAGAGUAUCAGACGGAACGGGCGAGGAAGAUACAUCAGUUGCUGGCUAGAGUCGAGGAGGUCAAGGUCGCUAAGAACGAGCUGAUUGAAGAGAAGCGUCUUCGCAUGGAGAGACGACUUCAGAAGGCAGCAGCAAAUAGAGACCAACAUCUCAAGGACAUAGUCCGCAAAGCUCAUGAUGAAGAGGAGAAACUCCGUGAGAUUGCGUUCAUCAAGCAUUUGGAAGCUGAGAACAGGAGACACGAGUUCCUCGACCAGUGCCGGUCGCAUACCACUCGGCUACGGCAGAUGAGGAGGGAUAGACUCUCCAAACUGGAGCAAAAAGCAGCUCGCGAAGCAGCAGUAGGCGCCCGCAGACAGGCGCUGGAGGCUGCCAGGAAGCUGCAUGUCGAGACUCUGCUCGAGAAGAGGAAGGAGAGGGACGCCAGGGUAGAGGAACUUAAAGAACAGAAGAAACAAGAGAGAGACGAUGCUGCAAGGGAGAAGGCACAAGGUGUAAAAUCUCGUUUAUCCGCUUUAGCGGCGGCGGCAGAGCUAGAAGCUGAUGCACUGAGGUCCCGCAUCCGCGACAAGCAGGACCGCAGCCAACUGAGGCUGGAGUCUCAUCUACAGGCCAUUAGGGAGAAGGCCACUACUGGACCUCGACAACCUACAACUUCAGAAAGCCAAGAUCAGAUGUCCAAAGAGGAGAAGGAGUUACAAGAAGAGACUCAGCGUUUAGAGCAAGAGAGAAAAGACAGAGAGAAGCAGAAAGCCAUCAAGAAGAAAGCCAGGAAAGUUAAACAGAAGUUGUUGAUGACGAGCAACGACACAGUUAUUAUAGACGACGCCUCCCUAGUAGACGUUAUAACGCCGACAACUACAAAAGUAUGCAAGGUCAUACACCAACUAUCGCACACACUCGAACCAUUUUUAGAACACCCUAUAACAUUCACAAUUGAAAACGAAAACGUUACACAAGAAAACGGCUACGACCCACUUACUAAGAAGAGACACAGAAUUAUCAUCAACGGUGGAGCGAAGAAUACAAUCGAAAAAGAUGACAAGGAUAAAUCAGAGUCCAGUCGCAAAGAGAAAGAGAAAGAAAAGGAGAAUAGAGAAGCAGAAAAAGAGAACAAAGUGGUAGAAAAAGAGAAUAAAUCCAAAGAAAAAGAAAACAAAGUUCUUGAGAAGGAGAAUAUAGCAGUUGAGAAAGAGAUGAAAGGAGAAGAAGUUGAGUCGAAUAGUAGUGGUAAAAAGAAGAAGAAGAAGAGUGACAAAGAUAAACCGAAGUUGAGUAAGGCUAGUUCGGUCUGUUCUUCUCUUAGUGAUAUGAGUAAGAGUUCGGGGAAGAAUGAGAAGCCUCGGACCAUGAUUGAUAUGCAAUGCUUGGAGAAGCAACUCAAUGAAUUGCAUAGGACUGUUGAGAAGUGCGCUAAAAUGACCCCUAAAGAGAGGACAUCGCUCCACAAGAUCCAUCUCCUGAAAGUACUGGGAGAAAUGCUGUGUAUCGCCUGCGAUCGAGAGGAUAUCACCCCACAAUUUAGUACCAAAGCGCUGGCGUCGUGCGUGGUGUGUAUGUCCCGGGCGGUGUCAGGGUGCGCCACUAGCGCGCGGUACGUGCUGGCCGCCCGCGUCGCCAUCUACGCCGUCAAACUGCUCAGUCUGCAACUAGAAAAGGAUCUGCAAGCCAACCAAAGGGAGAUGGAAUUAGCCAUGCAGAUCAGCGACUGUCUCUCCGUCGUCCUGGACGGCGUGUUGUGCUCCUCCCGACUCUACAACGACGGCAAGAGGGACAAUUCCAAAGAGGAGGCUGAAAUGCUCUCAACGUUGCGAGGCAGAGCUCAUAUGCUGAUCAGUUACCUCUGCCUGACUGGUUGUAUCAACCGUGCUGAGAAAGCAGGUGCCGCCCGAGAGAGCAUUCAGACCUUGCUGACUGUCUGCGCAGACCUCUGCCAUCCUUGCGAGGUUGAUGUUGGCUCGGAACGCAUAGUGGCGACCCAAUCGCUCCGCUGCGCCCUCGGCACUGGUAUCGCUGGCUCCCGCGCAGAAUUCUGCAUGCUGUUCGCUCAGGGAGCAGGAUUGGAACACAGUGGUGGAUUCGUCAAGGCAGCUCGCACCGCCCAUCUGCUGCGGACCUUGGCUGAACUGGAUCAUAUGAUCGUACAGGAAGCCUUCGGCGAAGGCGGUUGGCCUCUGGAGUUCAGAGCGGCUGUUGCUAGACUUCUAUCACAGCAUGCACCCACCGAUAAAGAAGCGCCAAGAACUACGGCUUUGCGUACGAAUAACCAGCGCCUUGACCAGACUCUCUCCGAAACGAUGGUGUUGGACUUGAUCGUUCUAGUCGGAUUCGUUGUCGUCAACAAUCCACAAUUACAGGAAACAAUAUGCGACGGAUGGAGUGUGAUCAAGACGCUGUGCACGCUGCCAGCGAACUGGCUGGUGUCCAAGCCUCACAGCGACUGCCUGCUGCCCACGCUGGUGGCGCUCUCUGAUCUGCCGGCCGCAGCCAGCGCUAUAUCCUCAGAGCUCAGCACGAAAAUGCUCCAUGACUACAUGAAGAGCCCGUGCGCACAAAAGAUAAAACUGGUACAAGUGAUCAAGCAGGGACGCACAAAGAAAGGUAAGAACAAGGAAAAGUAGACUGAAAAUCCAAGAAUGAAAAUGAAAAUGUUGAUCAUAUUUGUAACGGUGCAUUCAGCAAACGUGUGAGCGUCGACGCAGUUAAGCCAACACUGGCCAACUAGUUCGACAAUCAUCCCAAUUUUAAAUUAUUCAUCCCAAAUAUUAUCCUGAUUAUACGAAGGCCUAACCUAAGUAUUAAAGUAUUCCAAUUUGAUGUUUCCCUCUUAAUGAUCAUUCAUACAAGGGUGAUGUAAAAGGUUUUGCUAAUCAAUGGAGGUAUGAUUUGGAAUUUGAGCUUGGUUUAAACGACAAUCGUGGCUUCGCUAUGUAUUUGAUUGGUGGCUGAUUUUAAAUUGAUGGCUGAUUGCAAUCGUAUAGGGAUGAUCAUUCGCAUUUUUAGAAGCACAAUGUAAUUGGUGUUUAAGUAGAAUUUAUUCGAUUUGAUCUUUGGUAAUAUUAUUCGUGCUACAAUUACGUGUUGUAAAAGUAAAGCGAUUAUAAAAAAUAUGUCAUUGUCGUGUUCUUCUUAGUUGUUUUUGAGUCAUAAAUUCUUAGAUAUAAACAUUUUCGAUGGUCAAUUUGAAAUUAAUCCUAAUAUAUCGAUGUAACGGUACUUUAUUCAGACAUCAAUAUAAAUGAACUAGUUUAUUCGGACUUUGCAAUUCAAUGCAAUAUUUGCUUAGAAUAAUUCUAGGUACGCCUGUUGACACAUUUUCUUGCGAAACGUAUUUGCCUAUAUCUACUGCCGCAGAUACUUUGUAUCGAUUAUAUUUUUUUAGUUUUAUUUUGUUGCCUAUAUUGAACUUUUUGAAGUUUGAUUUUAAUUGUGUACUUAGUUCACGAGUCGUCGUAUGCUUAUCAUCCGUCAGGGUAUGUUUGCUCCCUAUUGUGCCAUUCAUGUCUGUGCCAAUUCUUGCUAACGUCGCGUCGUAUGGUCAGUACCUUGAGGUACUUGAUUUCCUUCAUUAGUAACUUCAACAAAUUCUGCAGUAAAGCAGUUGGCAUUUGCUACAUUGGUAUCAUUACGCACUUUUUCAUCGAUGACUUAAUUAUUAUUAAGAUGUCCAUUUUGUUCUCUAUGUGUGCCGAUUCUUUGCUUUGUUUUCUCUGUUGUGAUUCGUAAGACAUUCCCAAAUUCAUGGUUUAAUUCCAUUUAUUUUUCGUAUGCGCACAAUCUUUGAUAUGAGCUCAAUUUUGUCUUUCGCUUCAUUAUAAUUAAGGCUAAAUUUAAAUUCAUCAUAAAAUACUAGUCAAAUACUCUACGUAAUUUUAUUCGCAGUAUUUUAGAGUAUUAGUAGAAACUCAAUUGAUUAGCAACACCAUUAAUAAUAUAUUUAAUCUAUCAUAGUUUGCACCGCCCUUCGAGGCAACCACCCAUAUAUUUUAAUAAUCAUUAUUAUCAAAUUUGUAGUUUCAGCUUUUACUAAAACAGUACAGACAUUUUUCUCUAAUGUUUAAGUAAACGCGUUUAGAUGGUUAGAGUUGAUAAUGUUGUACACUUUUUGAUGUGAGUCUAUUUAUCUAUUUUUCUAUGGUUGUAGUUUAGAACUAGACGGAAAAACUAUGUAAUUCAACUAAACUAAUUACGCAUUGGAUUUUGUAAGCUGAUUUUUUAAAACGUGGACGCCUUUGAGUGCUUUUAUCUUCAUUCUAAUUUAAAUAUUAUCUUUCUUCUUUAGUUUAAAAUUCGCUACGGUUAGUGACGUUACUUAAUUAGCCAAAAAUGUUGUGUUCUGUUUUUUUUAUUUAAUGUUUGUGCUAGUCAAUGCCUGGCGUCGGUCCAGUGUCUUAAUGCUUUAAUAUAAUUAUGAAUGUAGUUCAUAAACGACUGAGCUCUCUUACUGAUUUUAUUUGUGUAUUAACAAAUAGUUUCAGUAAUUGUAUU